UAGCGUUGCAUUCUAGGAGUGAUGUUAGAAUCAACGGCAGAAAGGUGGCGCAAAUGCGGAAAGUUACUGUAUUUCUCAAGUUGCACGCAGAGCAGACUUCGAGCCAGUUUUCAUUUGGAGGAUUUCCGAUUUGAUUCCUACAUUUUUGAAGCCUAUCCCAGGGAUGCUGGUGGUGUACCCGCAGACCAAGACUUACUUCUCCCACUGGAAGGACCUGAGCCCCGGCUCUGCCCAGGUGAAGAAGCACGGGAAAACCAUCAUGACGGGAAUCGCUACCGCUGUGGCCAAAAUCGACGACCUGACUGCAGGUCUCCUGUCCCUCAGCGAGCUGCAUGCCUUCACCCUCAGAGUGGACCCUGCCAACUUCAAGAUUCUCUCUCACAACCUCCUUGUGGCUGUCGCCAUCCUUUUCCCGGACGACUUCACCCCUGAGGUCCACGUGGCUGCGGACAAGUUCCUGGCUGCCGUGGCUCGUGCACUGUCUCAGAAAUACCGGUAAACGGCAACGAGGCACAAGAGCAGAAGACGCAUCGCAGCAUGGGCUUGGAUACUCUGUCAGUCGGAUUAUAUGAAUAAAAAAAUCUAAUGCA